CUGCCACGUACAGCUGCAGGAAAUUUGAUCUGCAGACAGAGGUGUCCGUGCAGUGCGUGGGUACCCGCCUCCCCUCUCGCAGGCAUGGCACGACGGUUUAAGUUGUGGCAAUGCUGACAGAGCUGCGGCACUUUUUGCGAGCGUUUGGUCGGCUUUUUACGAUGAAAAAGAGGAAGAGAAACUCUGACACUGACACAAAGCCAUAAAUGAGAGAGAAGAGGAUAUAUAGAUGAAAAUAGAAGCAAAUAAAAGCUCUGCACUCACAUUUUCUUCACAUUUACUGAUGCAGUCCAAAUCCCCUCCUUUGAGCUUGACCAAUAUUUUUUUUUGGAGCCGAUAUUGAUUAUGUCCCCUCCAACAAUACUGUCAUUGUUAAAUCGAGAAUAAUGGCUCUCUUGCUGUGGCUUGGUCUCUCGCUGCUGGCGGACGCCCAGUCCAGCGGCGUUAAGAACUGCCAUCCUGGUUGCCAUUGUGAAGUGGAAAGCUUUGGUCUCUUCGACAGCUUCAGCUUGACCAAAGUGGACUGCCGAGGGCUGGGACCCAGCGCCUCCAUGCCCAUACCAAUCCCGCUGGACACUGCUCACUUGGACCUGUCCUCCAAUGAAAUGGGCCCACUCAGUGACACUAUGUUGGCUGGUCCAGGCUACACCACCCUCAUCAGUUUGGACCUCAGCAGCAACCACAUUACAAAGAUAAGCCCCAGCGCACUGUCCAAGCUGCGUUAUCUGGAGUCUUUGGAUCUGAGCCACAACAGCUUGGAGAGCCUCUCGCCGAGCUGUUUCUCUGGGCUCCCCCUGGUUGAAGUUGACCUCAGCCACAACAGCUUCCGGGAGUUUGACUUGGAGGUGUUUGCUUCCAAGGUUCACGGUGAACCUGUUAGUGUGGAUCUGUCUCAAAACAAGCUUGUUUCAGUCUCUGCUGCUUUGUACGGCCGAGUUUUACACAUCCAGAGCUUAACUCUGUCGUCAAACCAGCUGUCGAGCGUGCCGAGCCUGGCGGGACUUCUUCUGAGGUAUCUCAAUCUGGAUGGAAACCCCAUCAGACAAAUCACAGAGGGAGCCUUUGCUCAGCUGAAAGAUCUGGUUUAUUUAUCUCUGAGUGGCCUCCCCGAACUCGAACACAUCAGGCCAAUGGGCUUCAAAGGUCUCCAGAGCCUGCAAGUUCUGGAUCUCUCAAACAACCCGAAGCUCAAGAGCCUGAGCCCCACAGUGUUUAGUGGGCUAGACUCUCUGCAGGAGCUGAAUUUGACCGGUUCUGGCGUAGCAUCCUUGCCAGCUAACAUGCUGACCCAUCUGCCCAGCAUUAAGAGUAUCACACUGGGACGAAACAACCAUUGCUGGAGGACCCAGAAACAGGGACUGUUCCACCGGCAGAUGGGCCAGGUCCAGCAUAACGAGGUGCUGACCUGUAACACAGACGGCAUUGUGCUGUGAGGGAAUGGACUGCUUCUUGGAGCCUUGAUACCAGAGCUGUGCCUUUAUUUGCUUAGAGAUGAAAACACUUUUAUUUGUGUGUGUGUGUGUGUGUUGCUCUUAUUAAGUCACAGGGAUAUUUUGGAGUGUCUUUUAAAGAUCUGAGGUAGCCUUCAUGAAGUAUCAUACAUGCUGUAUCUUUUUAAAACGCAGUCUCUUUUUAUGUAGCACAUUUUCUUUAAAAUGCAGUGUUGUCUAAACUGGUAGAGAACCUGUCAUGAAGUCACAACUUAAGCAAUGUUUAUACAUUACUUAAAGUACUGGAGUGUACUUCAUGUACACUCAAGGGAUUUUACACCACACCACUGCAUUUCUUUGUAAAUUUGCUGGUGUAGUUUGAGUGGUAUGCAAAUGUCCACUCAUAUAUUGCUUCCCAUUAGCUUUUAAUGGAUAUCCUAACUUAAUAAUGACCAAAUGAACAAAAAAAAGCCAAAAAAUAUAAGCACCAUACUUUGCUGAAGUGACAUAACUGCAGGUAUGAAAAAAGACAGUCCAUAAUGAAUGUGCCAUCUACAUUGAUUGUGGCACUAGUACACCUCUUCAUGGACAGGAACACUGUGGGAAGGCAGCCCCACUCUUCAGUCAGUGCAGCCCAGAGUUGCUGCUGAAUCUGUGGAGAGGAACUCCACAGGUUUCAUGUGGUUGAGAUCAGGGCUCAUUGCUCAUUGGCAUCUUGUCUGGCGGUCCGCCCUGCCUCUGUCAUUCUAAUGGGACGAUCAAGGUCAGGUUGCCCCAGAUGGGAUUUUUUCCAAACCUAUGAUGGCUUUUUCAUAGGGUUGGGUGUGUUUGAUAGAGGAGUGGCCAUCUGGGGUACUUUGGGUAAAGGCAUUGUGACACUCUUUGCUAAAAUAAAACGUUGGGAAUUAUCAAAAAAGCAACCCCACAAUAGAGAAAAACUCUUCCCAAAUUGGGCCAAAAGUAGAGUGGUGUGUUAUUAAAUCCCUUGAGUGUACUUCAAAGCGGACCACAUUACGAUUUAAUUGCACUUAUUAGAUUUGCGGUAUUGUUUUAUAAUAAUGCACUUAAACCUUUGGAAAAUAUCAUUCCUUCAAAGUGUUGCUGAGAACGACAGCACUGAGGGACUUUUGUUGACCGGUGACCACUAAGAUUUUUCAUGUGAUAUUGAAUGUGACGCUUGACAGAAAAGGUUAGGGGAGGGUUUUCUUUAGAAGACUGAUACCACUCUUAUGUUUUUAGAAUGAAGUUUAUCUUUGCUCAAAGACUGGACGCAGAGAAAGCAGACUAGCUCUGUUGGAAGAACCAGCUUUCCACCGACAAGCCACCGGUGCCUGAUCCGAAAACUGGUUCCACGCACUCCCACCGAAAUGAGACUGAUACCAAGAAAAACUGCUUUUCUUACCGCUGUUGAUGACAUCAGAUGCUACAAAUUCUUAGAUGAUUCACAGAUUCUGUCAGUAUCCCACGGAUUAUUGCUCAACUUUUCCUGCGUAGCACUAACAAUCUCCAGCGCUCAAACCUAUUUAAUCAUCAGCCGGUGAUUAAGAAUCACAAGCACCAUCAUUGCAGCACUUGAAGUAAGGUUUAUUUAACAUGUCCUUGCCUGCUUUGCUUAUUCCAUGGAAACACAGUCCACCUACAAGAGAUACAACCCGUUCAUUUGCUGGAUUUUCUCACUUUUUUGUACAGAACCAGGCUGUCUUCGUAUAACCCUGUAUUCAGUGUUAAUGUUAAGCUACGCCAACAGUGGCUGCUGGUUAACGCAAGUAUUUCACACAAAAACAACUCCCCCAAAAAACAUUGAACUCUAGAAUCCAGGGAGCAGAUUCCUUUAAGUGCGUGGGAAACAAAGUCAAGUCUUGCUACACAUGCUGAGGAUAAAAUUCUUUUCCUUGUUACACCCACAAAAUGACCAUUUCAUUACUUGAUUUUUUUGUUUGCUUGUUUGUUUGCUUGUUUUUUGUGCCCAUUGAGCCCGAGCUGAACUGUUCCUCUCCACAGCUACACUACAAAACAGGACGUAAGCGUCCUCGACCGUGCAGACCUGGAGUCGCUGUUACUCCCACUCACAUUGUCCUCCAUCUGAGCAGGAUGGUUUUCAUAGCAGAUUGGCUCAUAUCCAGUAUUAUUAUCACUUGUUAUCACAUACUUGGUGAUGAAACGAUGCCAGUAUGUGUUAAUGUUUAAACAUCGAGCAGCGCUGUGCUUACCUUGGCAUUCCUGUGGCAUUCAGUGCAGCCUCAAGACUGCACAUUAGGGUUUUAUUGAUGUCUGCAAUCUGUAAAGGCGCGAUAUUUGAAAGCAUAUCCAAUCUUUUCAGUUUAAGUGGAGGAGACUUUAUAUUUGUAUGUAUGUAACUAUGCUGUAUAUAACUUUAUAUAAAAUGUGACUAUUCUUA